CUUAGCCCUUCCUUACUUGUUUUUUUCACUUCAGAUAGUCCUGUAAAGAGUUAUCCUGCCAAAGCGGGCACAUCUUCUUUCCGAUCUUAUUCCCCAAUGCCCGAGUUUAAAAUAUUGUUUUCCAAAAAUUUUAGAAUUUCUUUGUUAAUAUGAUGGUAACAAUAAAAAAAUUCGAAUCAAAUAUUUAAUUUUUUAUAUGAGAAUAAAAUUGUUGAACAUUUCCUGUUUAUUAAGCGAGGAAACCCAUGGAAAAGCUUAACUCACCACCAAAAGAAUUUUAAGAUUGUUUUUAAAUAUGUUGAAAAAUUCAUAAAGUAGAGAUUUCAACAAACAUAAAGUCUGCGGAAUGACAUAUUUUGUCGUUAAAAUUUUGGAUUUAAAAUUGGUAUUUUUCCGAAUUAAGCCAAUAUGAAGUGAAAAAAUAUCUAUUUUAACUCACAAAAAUUAUAGCUUAUGGCACAUGUGUAAACAAGUAAUUUUACCACAAGUUUCGUGAAAGAAAAAACCAAAAACUUAUUUAUUUGAAUUUUUUACACAAAUUGUAAGGUUAUGUAAAAGAGACGUUAACACAAGCCUACAACUUGACUAUUAAACUUUAUUUCGUAGAACGUGUAGUUUUGCUAGAAGUCGAGAUAUAACGUUUUUGACUCUUUAAAUUCAACAACACUAGAGGAGAGUCUUCUUCCCGACCUCAGAGCACCCUAGUAUUUUUUCCAAAAAACAUUAAAUUUUUAACUUUUAAAAUACAACCACAUUUCUCGAAAGCUACUACUCCUUUCGUUUUUGUAAUUUUAUCUUCUCUUUAGAAAGGUUUUAUUCUGCUAUGUUGUUUUUGGUUUGUAAAAUGAUAGAUUCUGGUCCCUAGUGCAUAUUUUCAAAAAAUAUAACACCUUUUUUAUAAAUUUGUUACACAGUGUUUACACAUACACACGCUAUAGGUAAAUAUUUUAUUUCAAGGAAAUUGUAAGCUUUUUGCGUUCGGCUAAGCAGCAUACAAAAGAUGUCACGUGUUUAAUUGUUGUUGCUUUACAAAUGAUUACAGCGAAACGAAUUCAAUUUUGCAAAAGAUAAAUACGAAUGUGGACACAUCAGAGAGUCGAAUACACACAUACAUAUGUAAGUAUGUGCAAACAGAUGCAUGUACAAUCGCAUCCACAAGAAUUGAAAAAUUGUUAUUGUAGCUGAGUACUAGGAAAUGGGCCGCUUACGAGGCGUCAUACGCUAAUCUUGUGCUACAUACAAACACAAAGGAGGUACAUACAUACAUACAUAUACAAAUAUUCAUGGUAAAUAAAUUUGCAUAUCUGUUUAUCUGAGUAUACAGUUCGUCAUCCAAAUGAUCGCUUUAAGCUUGAUGCUUCAUUUUAUACAAAAUUAUUCAUUCAAUUCUAUUAUAUAGUUCCACUGUUUCUUUUUUUUUAAUUUCACAUUGUUCACUUUUUUCCAACAACCGGCGCGUGCAAACCGUUUCCACGUUUCGAAUAUUUUUUAAUUUUCACCGUUUUUAUUUUAGUGUUGGUGAUAUUGAAGCAAAUAUCUUCAAAGCGAAGUGAACGCGUCAGUGUCGUUACAACAGUUGCGAAAUCGAAACAUUCCGUUUGCUAAGCUUGUUGAAUAGAAAAAAUAUUUUUAUUACUAAUAAAAACACAAUGGUCAUCAGCGGCUACACGUGGAAUCUCGCCAAUCAAUGUUUCAUUUUGGCCAUAACCGUUUGUAUGUCGGUGAAAUGUGCGCAAAUGAAAUUCCAAAAAACUGCCACACACGCAUUUCUCUGCACGCUUGGGUUUGUUUUUCUCUCGGCCGAGGGCAUGAUGGUGCGUUGCAACAAUAAUUGGCUAACACGCUCGCUGCAUCCAGAUACAAAGACAACACUGCACCUUUGGUUGCAAUUGAUUGGAGGUAUUUUAGGCGUGGCGGGUACGCUGCAAAAAUCACUGCCAAAGGAACACCAUUUUCGCUCGUGGCAUGGAAAACUGGGUUUAGCUGCUUGUGUGUUCUUUGUGAUCAACUGUCUCUCCGGCUCUUUGGGCUUGUACUCCUGGGGUUAUCGUCAGUAUGUGUCGCCUGCAGUUAACGAUUACAUUCACAACUUUCUCGGCUUGCUAACAUUUAUUACUGCGAUGCUGGCUCAGUAUACCGGCUAUAAUACAGGCUUCUUUCGCCGCAAUUUAAAGGAGCAUGAAAAAUUCUAUAAAUACUUGACAGCGGCUGUUUUGGUGCUGACUACAUGGGGACCAUUAAUGAUAUUUCUGCGGAAGCUCUAAUAGUUUAGAAAUUAAAUAGUUAAACAUUAAGCAAUAAGUUUUCUUUUUAAGGAAAUGUGAUUAUUGUACAAAGUUCGAAUUUAGAAGUGUGUUUGUGACUUAAAAAUUAAAGAGUAAAUGAUUUUGUA